GCUCUUGGCCGCGGUUGGUGGGGCCCGGGUGGAGACUUCACGUGCACGCGGGGGGGCGGUGCGUCACUGAUCGGUGGGGCGCGGCCGAGGGGUCGGCGUCCGUCCGGAGUCUGCGGCUGGCCCCCUUCUCAGAGGAACUAGGAUGAAUAUGACUCAAGCACGCGUUCUGGUGGCUGGAGUGGUGGGUCUGGUGGUUGUCCUCCUCUACGCCUCCAUCCACAAGAUCGAGGAAGGACACCUGGCCGUGUACUACAGGGGAGGAGCUUUACUAACUAGCCCCAGUGGACCAGGCUAUCAUAUCAUGUUGCCUUUCAUUACUACGUUCAGAUCUGUGCAGACAACACUGCAAACUGAUGAAGUUAAAAAUGUGCCUUGUGGAACAAGUGGUGGGGUCAUGAUCUAUAUUGACCGAAUAGAAGUGGUUAAUAUGUUGGCCCCUUGUGCAGUGUUUGAUAUAGUGAGGAACUACACUGCAGAUUAUGACAAGACUUUAAUCUUCAAUAAAAUCCACCAUGAACUGAACCAGUUUUGCAGCGCCCACACGCUUCAAGAAGUUUACAUUGAAUUGUUUGAUCAAAUAGACGAAAACCUCAAGCAAGCUCUGCAGAAAGAUUUAAAUGUCAUGGCCCCAGGCCUCACCAUACAGGCUGUGCGUGUUACAAAACCCAAAAUCCCAGAAGCCAUAAGAAGAAAUUUUGAGUUAAUGGAAGCUGAGAAGACAAAACUUCUCAUAGCUGCACAAAAACAAAAGGUUGUGGAGAAAGAAGCUGAGACAGAGAGGAAAAAGGCUGUUAUAGAAGCAGAGAAGAUUGCACAAGUGGCAAAAAUUCGGUUUCAGCAGAAGGUGAUGGAGAAAGAAACUGAAAAGCGCAUUUCUGAAAUUGAAGAUGCUGCGUUCCUGGCCCGAGAGAAGGCGAAAGCGGAUGCUGAGCAUUACGCCGCACACAAAUACGCCGCUUCAAACAAGCACAAAUUGACCCCGGAAUAUCUGGAGCUCAAAAGGUACCAGGCCAUUGCUUCUAACAGUAAGAUCUACUUUGGCAGCAACAUCCCUAGCAUGUUCGUGGACUCCUCUUGUGCUUUGAAAUAUUCAGAGGUUAGGACUGGAAGAAAAAGCUCUCUCCCCUCUAAGGAGGCUCUUGAGCCCUCCGGAGAGAGCCCCAUCCAAAACAAGGAGAGCACAGGUUGAUGCAACAGGUGGAAAUGUUCUCCCAUAUCAAGAUAUGGCCCAAGGGGUUAAGUGGGAACGAUGGUUAUACGACUUCAGAUUUACAGAGAACUCAUGCUCCGUCUGUUCUGCCUUUCCUGUGGUGGUCCUGGUUUAUCAGCUGAUUGCAGGAUAGAGCCAGCUGUCUGGCACCCAGAUGGUCUUUUCAGGUGCAGUUUUAUCAAAUAUCCUGUGUAUGUUCCUUUCUAAACUGGUACUCAUGAAUGAGGGAAAGUCUGAUGCUAACAUACUGCCUGCACUGGAAUGUUAAACACUAAAUAUUUAACAAGCUGUGUUUUUCUAAGCUGAGAUCUAUUGGAUAAUGUUUACAUUGGUCCCCGGGGAAAUGUGUGCUCAGUCAUUCAAGAGAUAGGAGGUCAGAGAAAAGGCGGCCAGGAUGUGGUAAGUGUAAAGAAGACUGAUUAUGCCAGGACCCAGGCUUUCUCUUUUGGGUCUAGUCCCAGCAUUCAUCCAUGUGAGUAGCAUCUAGUCCGCUGAAGUUCCCCAGGAAAUGAUCUUCCACUUGAGCAACUAUUUACUUGAUACGAUUUGCACCUUUUUGUUUUCCUAGAGUCAAGAUGGUGGCCUGCUGGGACAUGCACCUUGCCACCCAAUCAGAGAUUCUUCAUAGAGAUUCCUAAUCAUUAGUAGGCUCAGAGAUAGAGCUUAGUUUGAAGUUUUGGGUGAGAUGAAACCUUUGCUUUGAACCAAAGCUCUGAGGGCCAUACAUACCCCUCCAUGGGGUGAUGACUGUCUCUGUCACUGCCCAGGCCAUGUGUGACUAAGGUGCCUGGUUUUUAGGCUCAGACAACUCCUUCUAUGUCACCUCUCAGCUCUGGCCAAGAGUGGAACAGGACUUUAACCAGAAAUAGAAGCAGCAUCCAGUUCCUAGCUGUUCACUGCACAGUGUUGUAUCAUAACUGCAGGAAGUUUUUAUUUUUAAAACUGGAUUUGGGGUACAUUCAUUUGCCCCGGUACCUCUGCCUGAAGGUCAGAUCCUGGGGCUGCCAUGGUUACUGGCCCACGGGUUCUCCUUCUCAACACUCAUCAGGAGCCCACCGGGUGGAUCAAGGAGUAACCUAGAAAGCACCCUUGGUCAUCUUUGCCUCCUUCCCUCCUGGCCCUGAGAUGCUGAAAUCUAAGUUGUUCUGCAGCUUUCACCUCAACUAGGAGAUCAGGAUUAUUCCACUGACUUCCUAGGCAGCCAGUGGAUUUAAACUUACAUGAGAGGAUGACAGAGUUAGCCUGUGGCUAUGGGAGAUCUGUUUCAUCUGGACGUUUUUUUAAUCUUAAGAUUAACUUUCUUGAAUCUGUGUGCCCUGUAGUUAGGCCUGAGUUUACGCAGUUUAAGACACCAUUUGUGUACACUGUGUUCAAGCCAGACAGAAAAGUCAUGGGACCACUUCCAGAAACCUUUAAGCUAACUGUCAGUCUCAUGACAGCUUCUGGGUUGUGCCAGACACUUAAUACGGGAAAGGAGUCCCAGAUUUGAGGUCUUUUCCCAGGGCCUUAUCCUAUAAAGGCAUUUGUAAUAUGGAAAGAAUAAUUUUUUUGUUUUUGCUCAUUUAAUUAUAUACAUUCUCUUUAUGAAUGAAUUUUGUGUUCUCUAGCCCUUUUUAAAAGAUUUUUGGAACUAUAUAAUAAACUCUUUACCUGUCAUA